GCUUAGAAAUGGCGAGGCAAACCCAUGUAGCAUCUGCCUUGGAGCUCAUCAAACAGCAUUUACUAGGUGAUCUUCUCUCACCUGUUGGUAGCUCCUGUUCAUCUUCUACUGCUACCACCUCUCUAAUUGAUAAUGUAAAUAUAGAGUAUGACUGCUCCCGGGCUUCCAGCAUCGACUCUGCCUUCUCAAUCGCUGAUUGCUUUAAUAUUAACAGCAUUGAUGGUAAUGUUUUUUCGGAAUUCGAAGCUAAACCACGAAUCAUCGAUAUCAGUACUGCAAAAUCCAGUGAUUCAACUACCACUUUUGAAUUUGAUUCAAAACCUCAACUUCUCUCUCAAUCAAGUAACGAGUUGUUUGAAUUUGAAUCAAAACCUCAAAUUCAAUCGUUUCAUAAUUUCGGAUUUGAAACGAAACCGCAAAUUAUUUCUCAAUCUAAAGAUGACUUUUUCAACAUUGAAUUAAAGCCUCAUGUAAAUCGAAAGCCAUCUCUGAAAAUCUCACUCCCUAAAAAAACCGAAUGGAUCCAAUUUGCUAAUCCGAACCAACAACCGUUCCAAGGCGUUACUGGUGUUGAAGAGAAAAGGCAUUACAGAGGUGUCCGUCAGAGGCCGUGGGGCAAAUACGCAGCGGAGAUCCGAGAUCCGAACCGAAAGGGCACACGGGUGUGGCUGGGGACGUUCGAUACAGCUAUCGAAGCCGCCAAAGCGUAUGAUAAAGCAGCGUUCAAGCUGCGCGGCUCCAAAGCCAUUCUUAACUUUCCUUUGUUAGCUGGGAAGUUGAACACACGCGCCAAUGAGGGAAACGAACGGAAACGAACCAGAGAAAGUGCGAUUGUAGAGGAAGAAGCGAAGAAGGUAGUGAAGCGAGAAGAAUCUGAGAGGGACGUUGAGUUGACGCCGUCGAACAGGACGGCAAUUUGGGACAGCGGCGAUUUGAAAGGGAUAAUGCCAUUGUCUCCGCUAUCUCCCCAUCCGCCAUUAGGAUAUCCUCAGCUUAAGGUUAUAUGAAAUGAAUAUCAGCUUUUACUUGUUCUCUGAAAUGUUUGGGGCUUCUUAGAGUUUCAGAUUUUGGAAGGUGGAUAAAAUUAUUAAAUAUUUGGUGACCUAUAUUUAACUCAUAUA